AGCUGACACAAUCUUCGACGGAGUUGGACGGAUGCCCCUUGCUCCACCUUAGACAAUACAGGCAUUCCCUUGGGUCUUUAGUACAUAACCAUCGUGUCGGUGCUCUCCCAGUGUAGCUUGUUCGAAUUCAGCUCUCUAAGUCUCCCGAGACGGGAUCACAACCAACUAACAAUAGCCUUGUUUAAUAUUUGCUUGCGACCGCGACCCCUCGGACGUCGAGCCCCGCGCUUAUGCUGCGCUUCGAUCCUUUCACACUCUCGUCUUCUUCCCUCUAAUCGCUCAUACGUCGUCGGGCUGCAACAGCGCACACGCACACAAUGGCCUCAGAAAAGCCGACAGUCCUCAUCAUCGGCGGCUUAGGUUAUAUCGGACGCUUCUUGGCUCGAUACAUACACGAGAGCGACCUCGCAUCUGAGGUUCGCCUGGUCGACAAAGUACUGCCGCAGCUCGCUUGGUUGGCACCCGAGUUCGAAAAAGCAUGCUCUUCAGAGAAAUUUAUCCAAGCGGAUGCGAGUAAAGAGCAGGCUCUAGCGCGAAUAUUUGAUCGAACAGACGGGAAAGAGUGGGAUUAUGUCUUCAACUGCGGCGGCGAGACGAGAUAUUCCCAGGAGGACGAGGUAUAUAAAGUACGAUCUUUAGGGUUAUCGUUAGCAGUCGGGAGGGAGGCGGCGAAACGGAAAGUGAAAUGCUUUGUGGAGUUAAGCACAGGCAUGGUAUAUAAACCGAAUUCGUCGCCGAGUAAAGAGGGCGAUAAGCUUAAACCAUGGAGCAAGAUCGCUAUCUUCAAACUUCAGGCAGAAGAGGAGCUCGCCAAGAUUGAAGGCUUGAACCUCGCUAUCGUGCGUCUACCACACGUAUAUGGCCCGUAUGCAUCGCAAUGGGUAGCGACGGCAUUAUGCAUGGCGCGCGUCUACCAAGCGCUUGGCGAAGAGAUGAAAUGGUUAUGGACUAAAGAUUUGCGUACGAACACAGCCCACAUCGACGAUGUUACACGAGCUCUGUGGGCCGUUGCCGCCUGGUACGACGCAGGCAAGGCCAAUUGGGACGAGAAGAGCAUGGGCCAGGUGCCUACAUUCAACGUCGUCGACAAGGGCACGACAAACCAAGGCGUGGUCGCCGGUAUCAUCGGAGAGGUGUUCGGAAUCGAGACGGGAUUCCAAGGUCAACUUCUUAGCAACCUGGCUCGCCUUAACAUGGAUAGCGUCGUCGACGAUGUCAACGAUGACGUUCUCGGACCCUGGGCAGACCUUCUCUCCGAAGCCGGGAUAACGAGACCGGGACCACUGACUCCGUUUAUGGAGAAGGAGCUGCUAAAGGAUACGGAUCUAAGCAUGGAUGGUAGCCGACUUGAGGAGGUGCUUGGAUUUGAGUAUCAAAAGCCAACUAUCACUAAGGAAUUGGUCGAGGAGGUGAUCGAGAGCUAUAAACGGAUGAAGUGGUGGCCGUAACGUGGCGGUGAUUACCGAUGACGAUUUUAACAUACCCC